UACCUCAAGGGUGACCGUAAUUUACCAGCUUAUUAAUCCCAUCAAGCCCUUGUUAUAAUCAAAAGAUUUAUAGUAAUUUAUAUUGUGAUUAAUUUUUUGUCAAAAAAUAUCACAAUUAAACAUUAAAAUAUAAAGUUAAAUUAGAUACACUCUUAUGAAUUAAGCUUCAAAUAUUAUAGUUUAAGGGUCAACCCAUAUAGAUAGAUACACCAUGUCGACAUAUAUAAAAGCUAUUUAAACACUCUUAACAUCAAAACGACCCAGUUUUAACCUUUUGAAACCCCCUUCCCUUUGCGUCUCGCCGGAGAAUCAAUUCCUCGCCGGGAUUUUAGCUGAAAAGAUGAGGCGGCCGGCGUACUCUUCACCGUCGAUCAAUUUCAAUGCUAUGGCUAGGAAGAUCGAUGUUGACAAUCGGAUCGCUCUACGGAAUUACUAUCGCAUCGCCGAUAAUCUUCUCAAACAGGCAAAUAUUUAUAGGGAUGAGAAAAAUUUGAUAGACUUGUAUGUUAUACUGCUUAGAUAUUCAAGUUUGGUGUCUGAAACUAUACCAUACCAUCGUGAUUACCUGGCUUUAUUUCCUAAAGAAAGAAAUUUAUAUAAGAAGAAAUUGCUCGCUGUGCUAGAUGAGCUAGAGACUUUAAAACCAAAAGUGCGGCGUCAGCUAGAUGAACAGGAAAAAGUUAAAUCUGCUACUCAACUUAAUCAGUUUAGUGGCUCUAACCAGAUUUCCGAUUUAUCUUCUUCGAGUCACAAAGCUUCCUUAAGCUACAGUAAUAAUCAGAUGCUGCAGCUCACUACAUCACCUUCAUCAUCAUUGAAGCAAAAUAAUCAGUAUACUCCAUUUUUAUCGUCGAAUCCCAUUGAAUCACAAUUUCAGAAGCUAUCUAUUAGUUACCUCUUCCGAAGAAGGAAUAUUAUCCAUACAUUCAUUUUUAGGAAAUACUAUUUUCAAGAAGGGGAUCAUGUGUACAACAAACUCGCGGUAGCGGACGCGUAUAAAAAGGCAUUGAAAACAUGGGCACAAUGGGUCGACGAAAAUAUCGACAGCAGCAAAACGAGCGUUUUCUUUAGAGGAUACUCGGCUUCUCAUUUCAAGGGGGGGCAGUGGAAUUCGGGUGGAAGCUGCGACGGAGAAACGAAACCUAUUACGAACGAGACUCAGCUUUCUCCAUAUCCAUGGAUGAUGAGAGCACUCGAAUCCGUCUUGAUGAAAAUGAAGACGCCCGUUUUUUACCUAAACAUAACGAAGAUGACGGACUAUAGAAAAGACGGGCACCCUUCGAUUUUCAGACGAUCGUCUUCGAAUAUUAAAAACGGGGUUUUUCAAGAUUGCAGCCAUUGGUGCUUGCCCGGUGUGCCGGAUUCUUGGAAUGAACUUCUUUAUGUCAUUUUAGUUCAAUCUCAGAAUCAGAAACUAAGUUCUUUUGUGCAUUAUUUUAACCUUUUGAAACGGAAACCCCCUUCCCUUUGCGUCUCGCCGGAGAAUCAAUUCCUCGCCGGGAUUUUAGCUGAAAAUAUGAGGCGGCCGGCGUACUCUUCACCGUCGAUCAAUUUCAAUGCUAUGGCUAGGAAGAUCGAUGUUGACAAUCGGAUCGCUCUACGGAAUUACUAUCGCAUCGCCGAUAAUCUUCUCAAACAGGCAAAUAUUUAUAGGGAUGAAAAAAAUUUGAUAGACUUGUAUGUUAUACUGCUACGAUAUUCAAGUUUGGUUUCUGAAACUAUACCGUACCAUCGAGAUUACCUGGCUUUAUUUCCUAAAGAAAGAAAUUUAUAUAAGAAGAAAUUGCUCUCUGUGCUAGAUGAGCUAGAGACUUUAAAACCAAAAGUGCGGCGUCAGCUAGAUGAACAGGAAAAAGUUAAAUCUGCUACUCAACUUAAUCAGUUUAGUGGCUCAAACCGGAUUUCCGAUUUAUCUUCUUCGAGUCACAAAGCUUCCUUAAGCUACAGUAAUAAUCAGAUGCUGCAACUCACUACAUCACCUUCAUCAUCAUUGAAGCAAAAUAAUGAGUAUACUCCAUUUUUAUCGUCGAAUCCCAUUGAAUCACAAUUUCAGAAGCUAUCUCUUAGUUUACCUCUUCCGAAGAAGGAAACAUUAUCAAGACAUUCAUUUUUAGGCCCGAAUGGUCUUCGUGGACAAUGGCUUGGGCCCAGUCCUGAGAUUAAGGUUAACUAUCCAACAAAUGUUAUCAUGGAUUCAAAUGAAAUUCCAAGCUUGAAUCAGGUUGGCCAAGAAGAGUUUGUGGCAACAAAAGACAGUAAUCCAGAGGUGGAAAAGUCAACCAUGGAGUCUAUUCUAUCUUUAGAUGAUGGUAGAUGGCUUGCCGAGGAAUCUAGUAUUCCCCUAGAGAACAAUGAUUUUCAGUUGGGUAAUAUCAGGCAACCUUCUCCACCUCCUGUCCUGGCCAAAGUGCAGCCAGAGGUACGUCCAAUAUCUCCAUCAAGGGUUGCUGAUCCAAGGCCUGGCCCACCAAAAAUCUCUGAAGAUGGACCGCCUGGUUCCAAUUGUUACCAAGAUCUUCAUAUUCCAAUGAAGAUAUUGGAUGAGUUUUUAAGAUUAGCGCAGAAAAACACUAAAAAGAAUUUGGAAACUUGUGGUGUGCUUGCUGGUUCACUUCGGAAUAGAGUAUUCUGUAUUACCACACUCAUAAUCCCAAAACAGGAGUCAACUUCAGACUCGUGUGAGACAUUGAAUGAAGAAGAGAUUUAUGAUGUUCAAGAAAAACGCUCCCUCUUUCCUCUAGGGUGGAUUCAUACACAUCCAAGUCAAACAUGUUUUAUGUCUUCCGUUGAUCUGCACACUCAUUACUCAUAUCAGGUCAUGUUGCCAGAAGCAAUUGCAAUUGUCAUGGCUCCUACAGACAAAUCAAGUCCUCAUGGCAUAUUUCACCUUUCCGAUCCUGGGGGUGUUUCUGUCAUUCGACACUGUCAACAACGUGGUUUUCAUCCCCACGAAGAGCCUGAAGACGGAACUCCCAUUUACGAGCAUUGUUCCCAUGUUUACAUGAAUGCAAACAUUAAGUUCGAUGUCGUUGAUCUUCGGUAAGAUUGCCUAGUGAUUGCAUAAUAACAUUACAAAAAAAAUUAUUAAAAAUAAAUAAAAAGCAAGAGUGUGUACAGGUUAUUACCAUAAACUUAUUGUGUGAUUAUGGCUGGCUAUAUUGUAUUUUGUAGAUUCCUUUCUGAUUUUUGUGUAUAAAGUUUUUCUAUUAAUUAACAGCCAAUGCUGUGGUGGAUGAACCAUGCAAAUAUUACUUUCUAUGAAGAAAUUAAUCACAUGCUUUUUUUUAUUUACUUUUAAUUAUUUACAAUGAUACUUCAGCAAUUAAUGAUGAGUUUGUCGGUA